CGCCCGUUGGUUGUGGGUCAAGCACGCGUCGCCCCGCUCCUCUCCAUUCUGCACAACGCUCAGAAUGAUCAAAAAGAAAAAAAAGAAAGAAAAAAUCUAAUCGACCCUCUGCCAUAAUGCUCGCUUCUCAGUUUCGCAAGAAAAAUCCAGUUUCCUUAACCUUGCCUGACCUGUUAGCGGCAUUUGACACACUGAUCGGUCUACUUGAAGUAGUUUCCUCACUUGGCUUGCAGAUCAUCACAAAGUUCACUUCUUGAUAUGCUUUGCUGGUUCUCCUAAUUUCCCUAACCUUUACAAACCAACGUUGGAGUGUCCCAGAAUUCAGCCCUUGGACCUCCUUUCUAGCUACACUGACUUCCUUGGUGACAGUUUUUCAUCCAGCUUCAUGGCUUUUAAAUUCUGUAUCCGCACCCCAGGCUACUCCCCCGAAUUCUAGAUUCAUCCAGAUGGCUUGAUGACUUUUUUUGAAUGUCAUAUUAGGCCAAAGCUUUAUCCCCCAAUAUAACAACCCCCCUCUUCCAGUUCUUCCCAUUUCAAUAAAUGGUAACCCUAUCCUCAAGGAAUUAGUCAGCCCAGAAACCUAGAAGCGACUCUGUAGCUAACAGCCUUCCUCCCCAAGCCAAUAAGCCAGCAAAUCCAGUUGGCUUUAAAAUGUAUCCAGUAUCUAGCGACUCUAGCGACUUCUCUCUGUAUCCAUCUUACCACCCUGGUCCAAGCUGUCAGUCUCUCCUGGGUCAUUGCCAACAGCUCCGGUGCAUUUCUGCCGUCCAUUCUCAAUCUAGCGACCAAAAUGAUAACAGCACUUUUGAAGAAACAUGUCCAUACUGCUUCCAGCUGCUGGUUCUGGAUAACUCUAGAGUGCGCCUCAAACCCAAGGCCAAACUGACACCUAAAAUACAGAAACUUCUUAAUCGAGAAGCAAGAAAUUAUACACUCAGUUUUAAAGAAGCAAAAAUUGUGAAAAAGUACAAAGACUCCAGAAGUGUAUUGUUGGUUACUUGUAAAACAUGCAACAGAACAGUUAAACAUCAUGGUAAAAGUAGAAGCUUUUUAUCAGCAUUGAAGAGCAAUCCUACCACUCCAACGAGUAAACUCGGCCUGAACACCCCGGAGAGGAUGACUCUAAGUUCUGCAAACCUGAAACAUGAUAGGUCUGGUUCCAAAGGGAAGAGCCCAGCGCUGACUUUCAGAACACCUACAUCCGGACAGUCAACACCUAUUUGCUCCUCAAAGAGUUUGAGCAAAAGAAAGAAACACUUCUCUCAACUAAAAAUGUUGCUUAGCCAGAGUGAAUCCCAGAAGAAUCCAAAGGUGGACUUCAGAAGUUUCUUAUCUUCUUUGUAAAGGAUGGACUAGAAGAAUAAGAAGUGUUUAAUGCAAUUUAUGAAACUAAAGUUAGAAAAACUGGUUUUUAAAAAAAAUCUAUUUAGUCUUAAAAUACAUGAAAACCAGGGUCCAGGAACGAAUUUUUCUUGGCAUUUGCUUCAGUGUUUAUGGAGAAAAGCCCUCAUUAGAAUGAAAAACCGAAACCCGCACACGUCGCAAGGUGGCUGUGAGAAUCAGACAUGUCUGAAAGGUCCUGGUAGGCAGUAAGGAUAUACACGGACACUCAGUGGCUAUGUUACUGUCUUCUCCUUCCUUAAUUAACAGUUUUCAUUAUUUACGUCAUUUUCUUUCAUAAGGAAAUUGAGAUCUUUACGAGAGGGUCUACUCACUCCUUUCUCGGUGUCCAUAGCCUUAUUGCUAAUUCAGAAAAAGUUUAAAGUACGUGUGUCUUCGUUUGCCACAUUCAUCCGCAUAACUGAAUAUUAGUAAAAAUUUAAACAUUAUUCCUACUUUCUGUGCAAAAGUAAAUACAGGGGACAUUCUUGAUUGUAGAUGAUUCAGUCAGAUAUCAAAAUUUUCAUUUUUACAACUCUCUUUUGUUCCUCAUAAUGUUUCACUGUAAAUGGUAUUUCAUUUGCUCUGGCGAAAACUUAUUUUUUUUAGGUCUAAAAUUUACAUCAAAUACCAUAGUAACAGUUUAGCUAUCCUAAAUCUUUCCUGGAACAUAGAUGUGCUUUUUUUAAAUGAUAGGCUAGGAUUCUGUUCAACCUGUCUUUUAAAAACUCUUUAAAUAAAUAAUUUAGACAAUUUAAACUAUAAUCUGGUUCCAAGACUCUUUGCUGCUUUAAAGUUUAAAACUUAAAAUUUUCUUAAGAAAUACAAUGGAGAAAGGAUAGUCUCUUCAGUAAAUGGUGUUGGAAACUGGACAGCCACAUGCAGAAAAAUGAACUACCACUAUCUCACACAAUACACAGAAAUUAACUGAAAAUGGAUUAGACUUGAAUGUUAAGACUUGAAGCCAUAAAACUCCUAGAAGAAAACAUAGGCAGUGUGUUUGUUGAUAUCAGUCUUACCAGUAUCUUUCUAGAUAUGUCUCCUCAAGCAAGGGAAACAAAAGCAAAAAUAAACAAAUGAAGUUACAUCAAA